AUGGCAUCCGAGACCGAUCCCUUCGACGAUAUUCUAACUCUAGAAGACACCCUCUACACAGCCGCCUACGACCUUGGCGCGUCAGAUGGAGCACAUGCCGGCCGGAUCGAAGGCCGAAUCUUUGGUCUAGAAAAAGGGUUCGAAAAGUUUGCUGAACUCGGCCACCUCCACGGGCGAAGCGUCAUAUGGGGCUCACGACUCCCCAGUCUUGUUCCCAACAACACCAAAGGAGCCGACGAGAAGACAGAGCCCGAGAACAAAACCCUGCCUCUGCUUUCCAAGAACGAGAGGCUGAAGAAUAAUACUACACUAUUGCAUUCGUUGACGGAUCCUGAAACAUUCGAUACGGCGAAUACGGAAGAAGCUGUCGCGGAUUUUGACGACAGAUUUAAACGCGCUGGGGCCAAGGCGAAAGUCAUUGAACGUAUCGUGGGGGAGACGGAUGACACUUUGUCUUCAAAAUCCCCUGACGGCUCUCCUGCGCCGGCCGGCAGAAAAAGCAAGACCGGUCCUGUGCGCGUCACUGGACAGAGUAAGACUGCAGGUGGGAAUGCAAAGAAGGGAGAUGACAGUAUGGAGGACUUUGCAGGAUCGAAGUUGUUGCGUUGA